AUGCCAAUUGUUGAUAGUUGUGAGGUAUUGUUUCCCUCUAUGGAAGACCAUAUAAUAAUAGGAGUUGAUUUACAUGGUGAAUGGGUGGAGAAUCCUACUCGUUAUACUUGGCGUUCGAAGGGCCGAGAGACAGUACCGAUAAAGAUAAGCGAGAAUGUUACGUACGAUGAAUUGGUUGACAUCAUUGUUUCUAGGUUUGACUUAGAUUAUGAUCAAAGUAGGCCAAUUUUAAGGAUAUCUGUGGUUGAGAAGAUUAUAGAGACUACAAAUUCAGUUGUAAAUGAUGAAGAGCAUCCUGUUACAAUGGAUAUUCCUAUAAAUGAGGAAGCUUCACUACAUUCGAUAUCAACACAAGGUAGCCGCUACACAGAUGAUGACGGCACAGAUUUUUAUAAGGGUAAAAUUUUCAAGGACAAGCAAGAAUUAACUAAAUUGUUGAAGCUUGCUUCCGUGAAGAAAGAUCAAAGAUUCAAAUCUGUGAAGAGUUCUAAAGAUGUGUAUUGUGCUAGAUGUGUAGAUCAGAAUUGUGAUUGGUGGUUGCGAGCUACAAAACUUAAAAGUUGUAAUAGAUUUGAAAUUACAAAGUAUCGCAACAUUCACUCAUGUGGGGCACAACACCUUACAAGUCAUCAUCCACAUGCCUCAGCAGAUGUCAUUGCAGAAUACAUACAACCUAAUUACUUGAAUGGAAAAGGUCCCUCCACAAAAGACAUAAAAAAUAUAGUGCAAGCAGAUUUGGGCUGCAAGAUUAGUUACUGGAAAUGUUGGAAAAGCAGUGAGAUAGCAAAGGCUAUGAUAAGAGGGACACCGGAGCACGGAUAUGCAGUUCUAGAUGGUUAUCGUCAUAUGCUUAUGACUAUAAAUGAAGGAAGCAAGACAUCGUUAAAGCUUGAUGACAAGGGAAGGUUCAAAUAUUUUUUUGCAUCUUAUGAAGCUUGGAUUAAGAGGUUUGUGCAUAUGAGAAAAGUUUUAGCCGUUGAUGGAACAUUCUUAAGAGGUCGUUACGAUGGAGUUUUGUUGUCUGCUGUCGCACAGGAUACAGAAAAUCAUGUUUUUCCUGUUGCAUUUUGUGUAGUAGAUAAGGAAUGCAUCCAAGCAUAG